ACUCAAACGAAAAGCAAUACAUUUUCUCAGAUCUUUAAGAUUCAUCUUAAGCCCUUUUUAUCAUCUCAAUUUAUCAUCUUCAUCAUCAAUCUCUCUGUGGGUACGCUUAUAUGUGAUGGCGUCGAAAUGCUGCAGUAGAUUAUUGACAAGAAGUUCAACAUCGUUCCUUAAAUCCGCCUUUAAAUCAACAUCAUCAGCAUCCGCAGCAGCUUCCUCAGCCAAAUCUUCCAAAUCCACUCCUCUCCGCCGUUUCUCUCUCUCCAGAAUUCCAUCGGAGUUAGGAGCGGUGCAGUCAAUGAUGCCACUGCAUAGUGCGGUCGCUGCAGCUAGGAUGACGUCUUGCCUCAGUACUGCUUCCAGAAGUUGCAGAGCUCUCUCUCAGGGCACAUGAUAUUCCAAAGCUUAAGAGAGAAUAUGAAAUCGAUGGAACGUGAUACAUGUUUGCAAUUCUAGAGAUGGACAUUGUAAUCCGGCUCCUGAAGACACUAGUUAUGUAGAAUACCCAUUUGAUUCAGAUCAUAAUACAAGAUACACAACUAAAUGAGCAUGAUUAGCUAGCCAUUUUAUUACUUUCAUGUUUUUACCUUUUGCAGUAGGAGUUUGUAUAAGCAAGUGCUUGAUUAAAGGUUUAUGUUGGAAAUGAUAAACAAUGUUUGAUGGUAUACUAUAGAAGCGGGUUUGGUUUGAUAUUUCACAUGGCAGCUUGAAAUGUUCUAUGAGUAGUUUCUGAUGCACGAUUUUUGUUUGUUGAAAUAGAGCUGGGUCUUUCUGUACCAAGGUGAAUGUAUCCACAGACAAUCUCCGCAACUUCAUCUGAAGGGAGGCAAGGUUUUGUAACUAUGGCAGCCAAUAUCCUAAUUCAUAAAAACAGCUUUAGUGUUAUACUGCUAUGAAACAAGUUCAAAUAUUGCAGCAUGGCUAGAUAAAUGUUUUGCUUUCUAUUAUGAGAUAAUUACAUACUAAUGUAAUAAGCUUGAACUUCUUCAGAGUAUAUUAAUCAUUUCCUUUAUGAAGUUUGGUUAACAUUC